ACACCUAGCGUCUCGUUACACGGCGCCUCGGCCCCUUGUGGGCCGGUCAAUGUUCGCCGCGCACAGCUCGAUCAGCCUCGAUGGCCUCUAGUUGGCCGCGCACAGCUCGACGGCCUCGGCGUACUCGCGGCGGUCGACCAGCCGCUUCAAGCUCCGUCGCAGCUCCUCGUCGCCGCCCUCGAGCAUGCCGGCCAGGUAGGCGUUCGCGACGCGCUCCUCGUGGCAGAUCCCGCUCUUCGGUCCGUACUUGUGCUGGGCCUCGAAGUCCCGCGGCACGACGCACACGCGCCGCGCGAGAUCGAAGAUCGCGGCCGCGUGCGGCGCCGGCUCCGUCUCGCCCUCGCGCUUGUAGCCGACGAGCUUGUGCGUGGCGACGGGCACGAAGAUGUCGUCGUCGUCCGAGGCGGAGCCGUCGUCGACGAAGUUCAGCGCGCGCCGCGGCGCCGCGUCGGCGCCGGCGUAGGCGAAGCCGCCGAAUUUUUUGCCGCUCUUCUUCGACGAGUCGGUGACGCGCGCCGAGGCGGGCGUGGCGCGCUUCUUCGUGGGCGUGCGGCUGGCCAUUUUUUUUACGCGCGGGCGGGCGCGUCGUUGGUGGAGCGGUACUGCGCUGCGCGGUGGCAGUAGCGACGGAGAGCGGUAACAGGCUUGGAG